AUUUUUAAUCCAAUGUUUAAUCCAUCAGCAAAUGGCGGACGACGCCGGUGGUAGAGGAGGUUUUCGCGGAGGUUUUGGUGGCGGCGACCGUGGCCGCGGACGCGGCCGUGGUCGUGGUAGAGGCCGCGGCAGGGGCCGUGGAGCUAGAGGCGGCAAGUCGGAGGACAAGGAGUGGGUGCCCGUCACCAAGCUGGGACGUCUUGUCAAGGACUUGAAGAUCAAGUCCCUUGAGGAGAUCUAUCUCUACUCCCUGCCUAUCAAGGAGUCGGAGAUCAUCGACUUCUUCUUGGGGUCGGCGCUGAAGGACGAGGUGCUGAAGAUCAUGCCUGUCCAGAAGCAGACCAGGGCUGGUCAGCGUACAAGGUUCAAGGCCUUCGUUGCCAUCGGCGACUACAACGGCCACGUUGGUCUGGGUGUCAAGUGCUCCAAGGAGGUGGCAACCGCCAUCCGUGGUGCCAUCAUCCUGGCCAAGCUGUCCAUUGUUCCAGUCAGGAGAGGAUACUGGGGUAACAAGAUCGGCAAGCCCCACACCGUGCCCUGCAAGGUGACCGGUCGCUGUGGCUCCGUCCUGGUGCGUCUCAUCCCUGCACCCCGCGGUACCGGCAUUGUGUCGGCCCCCGUGCCCAAGAAGCUGCUCAUGAUGGCUGGUAUUGACGAUUGCUACACCUCUGCCAGAGGCUGCACCGCCACCCUUGGCAACUUCGCCAAGGCUACCUUUGACGCCAUCUCAAAGACGUACAGCUACCUGACCCCUGAUCUCUGGAAGGAGACCGUCUUCACCAAGUCACCCUACCAGGAGUUCACUGACCAUCUGGCCAAGACCCACAUCAGGGUUGCCGUGCAGAGGAACGCAGCACCUGUGCCACCCGCCACCUCCUAAUUGCUUUUGUACAGUGGCUUCGUUGAAUAAAACUUGACCAAUCAAAAGCA